ACCUGGCAAAUGGAAUAUAAGUAACCGUUGAGGCAUCCGUGUUCUGCUCUGUCAAGAAAGACUCAGUCUUUUCUCUCUUUCUUUCUCUUUUUUUUUAAUGCUGUGAUUUUAGAGGAAAACAUGCAUCCAGACUCCAGCAUUGACUUCGACUCCUCAUCAUCCAGCUGUAGCACAGCAUCGCCUGGCGGGGACACCCCCGGGUGCAAGCAGCAUCCUUCUGACUCGCUUUCAUCAUCAGUGGACAGCGCCAAGGAUGUCGAACCCAGUGCGACAUCCUCCUUUGUUCCGACUGUGACUACAAUCUCCACCUCUCCGGAGCUGAGGUGGAUGGUGCAGCCGGCAGUCAUCUCCACAACUGUCUCCACGCCGGCAGCAGGUCGUGCGAAGACCAGAGCGCAAGGCGCGACCCAGGCGUCUUCCCCAGCAGCUGCAAGCAAGUCGAAGCCCUGCAGCAGGAAAAGGCAAAUCGAGCAGCCUUCCAAAGAAGAGGAGGAAAGGAGGAGGAUCAGGAGGGAGAGGAACAAAAUCGCUGCUGCCAAGUGUCGUAACAGAAGAAGGGAGCUGAUAGACACCCUUCAAGCUGAAACGGAUUCGCUCGAGGAAGAGAAGUCGGCUCUCCAGACAGAGAUUGCUGACCUGCUGAAGGAGAAAGAGCAACUGGAGCAUGUCUUGGCUUCCCACAAACCGUCCUGCAAACUCCCCGCAAAUGAUGAUGACAGGGAGGAGGCCAGUAAAGAUGAUGUUGACACAAUGCUGCAGGAUCCUCCAGCCUCCCCGCAGCUGCUGUCCAUCUUAGAGAAUGGGAAAAUCCCAGAAGGCAACCCUGCGGUUGGAGAUACCCCUGUCGGUCAAGACAUGGACAGUGUCCCUUGCAACCCUGCCGUGGCCAUCUUGGGAAACUCAAACAUCCUUCUAUGUUCGAGCGCAGAAGAAGAAGAAGCCCUGGAGGACCUGAAAGGGGAUGACCUCGACGACUUGGUUCCCAGUCUGGAGAUGGCCCUGACGUCUGAGACGGCUGUAUCGGUCCCCGACAUAGACCUGAGCAGCCCGUUUUGUCUCUCAGACUGGGAAACUCUGUACAAGUCUGUUGCAAACGACCUUGAAUCUUUGAGCACACCCAUCAUGUCUUCCAGUCCUACUUGUAGCAAUUACCGCACAGUGUUUUCCUUUAAUUACUCCGAGAUUGAUUCCUUGGCCGAGGGCUGUGAGAGCCUUAAAGGCAGCCUCGGUGCAUCUGAGUUAAUGAAAGAUAGCCUGAACUCUCCAACACUUUUGGCCUUGUGAAUGCAAAGAUGUUAUGCAACAAUACUGUAUUUGUACUUUAACCAGCCAGCAAGCUACGGUCUCUCUCAAAAUAAUCUUUUGUAGUGUGAGUUUUGGAUGUUGUGUAGACCUAAACAUCAAAGGUUCUGUAGAUGACAUGUUUACUGUGACCGUAAAAGGGUUGAAUUCUUCCAUACUGUUCAUGCAAUUGUCUGAGAUGAGAUGUUGUGCUGGUAGUAAAAUGCAUGCAAAUACACGUCAUCUGUAGUUCAGCCAGAACUGGUACUGUGUGUUAAGAAAAAAAAAAAAAAAUCCAACAACAACAACAAAUACACUCGUGAUGUGAAGUUAAUUCAUCUUGAGUAGCCAAAUCUAUGUGUUUAAUUGUUGACAAAGUUGUGUUGUAACAAGUGAAAAUAGAGGGUUACUACUGUGUAGCUUGUAACAUCUUGCUGUAAGGUGACUCCUGACUUGAUGUUUGUUUUUUCCAUGAAAAAAAA